UAAAAAAUUGCAUGCGAUUAAUGCGGUUAGUGUUAAAAAAAUUAUACAAAGCAAGUAAUUUAAAUUUUGCUAUUCUUAUACUAUUAUGAACAAGUAUAAGUUAAGUUCAGUAUAAAACUUGCACCAAUAACAAUGCCAGUAGACACAGAAGAGGAGUAUUCCUUUAUAAAACCGCCACCUAUUUUUGACGAUUUAAAUGAACGAGUGAAAGAAUAUUUACUUAAACCGGAAAGACUAUCGAUUCAUCAAUGGGAAAGAUCCCAAAACCACUGGCAUAGAACACCGGAUAUAGAUUCUCUUUUUAAAAUAGACGAAGAUGACAUCGGUCUCGAUACAACUCUGGAGGUAGUCCGUGAUCCGAUCACAGGUGAAAUCAUAGGUGUAGAAGAAGUAAGUAUCCCCGUUGAAGAUGAUGAAGUCAGUCUGUCUAUGUCCCGAACCCCACUUCCACCAAGCUUGGCCACAAGAGGCACCAUCACUCAGAACCCUUUCUUACCAGCUGGAUUUGAAGAAGAAUUGGAAAAAAUGCUGGAGGAAGCAGCAAAAACGGGAGAAGUUAUUAUUAAUUUAGAAAAUGAGGAGCCUGGAAAGUUUUUGGGGGAAGAUAUUUUGACACAACCACCUGGCUGUCAGGAAAAUGUUGUCUUUGCCAAUGAUGGUGUUACACUACUUGAUUCGGCAAAUGAGAAUAAUGAAAGUAUGGAAAAACAACAAGAUAUACAGAUUAAUAUCAAUUUGGAGGAAGUGGUGGACAACAACACACAUUUAGUUGGUCUCUGGCAAGAUGACGACGAAAUACAACAAGAGAAACCACCAAAACCAAUCAAAAAAAUUGAACUUGAUGUUGAAUUGGAUGCUGCAAAUGACAAUUUCCUUGAGAGUACAAUCAUAAAACCACCAGUAGAGCUGCCCGAAAUACCAGUAUUAAAUAUAUCAAACCCCACAGCUAGGGCUGGUGUUACAUCAACUGAAUGGGCUGAAAUGAUUGAUGUGUCCCAACCUGUGCCUGAGUUUAAGGAGAAAAUUAAGGAUUUAGCACAUGCCUAUCCAUUUGAGUUGGACAAUUUCCAGAAACAGGCUAUACUUAAGUUGGAAGAAGGACAUCAUGUAUUUGUAGCAGCUCAUACCUCUGCUGGAAAAACUGUAGUUGCAGAGUAUGCUAUUGCUAUGUCUAGGAGAAAUUGCACAAGAGCCAUCUACACAUCGCCCAUAAAAGCUCUCUCAAACCAGAAAUACAAUGAUUUCAACAAAACAUUUGGGGAAGUUGGUCUGCUAACUGGUGAUCUUCAAAUAAACGCGACAGCCUCCUGCCUGGUAAUGACUACUGAGAUUCUAAGAUCCAUGUUGUAUUGUGGAUCUGAUGUCACUAGAGAUCUGGAAUUCGUUAUCUUUGACGAAGUUCACUAUAUCAAUAAUGCAGAGCGCGGCUAUGUGUGGGAAGAAGUAUUAAUUCUUCUGCCGGCUCACGUCAGUAUAGUGAUGUUGAGUGCUACUGUACCGAAUACGUUGCAGUUUGCCGAUUGGGUAGGUCGCACAAAGAAACGCAAAGUGUAUGUCGUGUCUACUCCGAAACGACCCGUGCCUUUAUGCCAUUAUUUAUAUACAGGAUCGGGCGGAAAGUCAAAGCAUGAACGCUUUUUAGUUGUGGAUCAAGAAGGUAAAUUCCAAUUGAGGGGUUAUAAUGAAGCAGUUGCUGCUAAAAAAGCUAGGGAAAACGAGUAUAAGAAAAACUUUGGGCCAAAAGGUGGAAAGCAGUUCGGAAAUCCAAAAGCAGAACAGACAAUGUGGGUGGCUUUAAUUGACCAUUUACGGUCAAAUGACAAAUUGCCCGUUGUAGCUUUCACGUUGUCUCGCAAUAGAUGUGAUCACAAUGCAGAAAAUUUGAUGUCCGUUGAUCUCACUACGGCUAAAGAGAAAGGUCACAUUCGAUCUUUCUUUCAAAGGUGUCUUCAGAGGCUCAAAGAACCCGACCGAAAGUUGCCACAGGUUAUAAGACUGCAAAGAGUUCUAGAAAAUGGUAUUGGUGUCCAUCACAGUGGCAUAUUGCCUCUUCUGAAAGAAAUUGUCGAAAUGUUGUUCCAAUCUGGUUAUGUGAAAAUCCUCUUCGCUACGGAAACUUUUGCGAUGGGAGUAAACAUGCCUGCUCGGACAGUAAUAUUUGACGAUAUCACAAAGUUUGACGGACUGCAGUCGCGCAGUUUGGUACCUGCUGAGUACAUACAGAUGGCUGGAAGAGCCGGCAGGAGAGGUUUGGAUGAUACAGGCACAGUGAUAAUACUAUGUAAAGAUGGCGUCCCAGACCAACUGACACUCAAGGAAAUGAUGUUGGGUACUCCUCAGAAGUUGUCCUCUCAAUUCAGGCUCACUUAUGCUAUGAUUUUGAGCUUAUUACGAGUAGCUACUGUUUCCGUCGAGGGGAUGAUGCAGCGUUCGUUCCGCGAACUACAUCAAAUUCUCCAACAGGAUAAUAAUAAGAAAUUACUGCAAAUCGCCGAAAAGGAAUAUUCAGAGAAAUGUGGGACCCCUCUCGCAUCUCAUCUCGCCCCACUGGCUACUUUCUAUGAUACAGCCGUGGGGUACAUUGAUGUUCUUAAUGAAAUGAUGCCUCUUCUGUUGAGCCAGCCUAAGGUCUCUAAAGAAUUUGUGGCAGGCAGAAUAUUCAUUUUGUCAGCAGGACCAUAUAUUAAUCAGUUGGGCAUAUAUUUGAAUAGCAGUGCUCCUCGUCAAACGCCAUACAAAGUCCUUGUGCUAAACACAGUGGAGCAAGACACAAAUAGGUAUAACUUCGAUCUGGACGACGCCUGGUACCGAAUGCUGAGUUUCUCAGCUAUGUAUGAUCAUAUUGGCACUGAGGAAAGCACCUUAGAGCACACUAUAUUAACAAUAGCCGCGAAGAAUAUUAUUGGGGUAACUAAGACCAGUUUGAAGAUUGAUGCAAAUAUUAUUAUACAGGAUUGGGAGAAACGACAAAUGCCAAGGUUUAAAGACGCACCCGUAGGCGCAAGUUGCGCAAGCGCAGUACAAGAGUUGUCACGUUUGAGUCACGCGGUGCGAACUAGCGCUAGUGCGCUGGAAAUGGUCAGCCUCACGCAGUCUCUUAAUAUAUCUACAGGGGAGUUAUUACAAUCGUUGGAUAAAAUGAAUAAAUUGAAGGCCGAACUAGACACGCAAAAGAAAAGCACGGGAAUCGCAAACUUCAAAAACGAGUUUGCAAUCGUGUAUGAACGGAAACAGGCUGAACGCAAACGGGAUAAAUACAAACGUCUACUAUCUUUUGAAUCGUUAGCUCUUUACCCAGACUAUCAAGGAAGACUCCUCGUAUUGCGGGAAUUAAAUUAUAUAGACGAACAUGACAGCGUCAUUCUUAAAGGCAGAGUCGCAUGUUGCAUGGGUACCAACGAGCUAAUCAUAUCGGAAUUGGUCUUCAGAAAUGUGUUUACCGAUAAGAAUCCAGCGGAAAUUGCUGCGUUGCUGAGUUGUUUUGUUUUCCAAGCGAAAACUCAUGUCGAUCAGGUUCUGACUGACAAACUGGCGGAGGGCGUUAAAGCAAUUGAAGCGAUUGAAGAGGAAUUAUGCUCAAUUGAAGCUAAACACGGGGUAUCCCAAUUUGAGGGUCAGCAGGAACGACUGAACUUUGGACUUGUUCGCGUUGUAUACGAAUGGGCGUUGGAAAAGCCAUUCGCAGAAAUCAUGGAUCUCACUGAUGUGCAAGAAGGAAUUAUUGUUAGAUGCAUUCAGCAGUUGCAUGAGCUUCUGGUUGAUGUAAAAGAUGCAGCAGUGGCUGUUGGUGAUCCAAACCUUCAGGCGAAGAUGAUGGAAGCCUCGACAGCCAUUAAAAGAGAUAUUGUGUUUGCCGCAAGUUUAUACACAACACAGCGAGAAACUGUUGUUUUAUAAGAAAAAAUAAUAAAAUAAUAUUCAUAUAUUAUCACGUGUGCAUGUACUUACAAAUUCAUUUAAUAAAUAUAUAUGUCGCUGUAAUAUUGUAAACACCAUUAGAUUAUUAUCUAACUCGCGAUAUUCAUAACAAACCUAAAGAUAAUGUACCGAAAAAUAAUGCGUAAAAUUAUUGUAAUCAGAUUAAUAAUCUAACGGUUUAUUUUUAAUUCAUGAAAAUGACUGCUUUAUACUUAAAUUGUUAUCAAAAUGUAAUAAAUAAUGCAUAAGCAUUAUUUGUGACACUCAAUCUGCAAGUUUCUGUACAUCUGAUUUUCCUGUCGAUCAGAAAAGUGAUUAUUGAAUCUUUUAAAAUCGUUUAAUUGUACUGCCUAAAAUCGUUUAAUGUACUUUAUAUUUGUUAUACGAUAU